CACAGUGGAACUACCCCUCCUUUCUGUCCACUCCUUCUCUGCUGCAAUAUAAAAAACCUGAACACCAGAGCAGAAGACUACUGGUCUCUCAGAUUCAAAGAGGGAAAAAGAAGCUGAUUGAAACUUAUACUUGAGGAGCGUAAACAGAGUUCCUGGGUUUUUGCAGCCAUUUCUGUCAGAUAAUUGUAGAAAUAUAAGCAGUGCUUUUUUGACAAAAAAUGUGGCAUGCUUGUUUACUGGUUUUAGGUUUCUGCAUCGCAUUUGGAAUAGAGGACAAGAAUAUUUUAGACAUGAACGGUAAGAGAGAGUACCAAAUCCAUACUGGCCAGUGCAGCUAUACCUUCAUACUGCCAGAGCAAGAGAACUGCCGGGCUGCCACAAGCCCCAACACAAACUCUUUCCAAAAGGACGACCCUACAGAGCACAAUGAGUCAGUCCAGAGACUGGAGCAGCUGGAGACCAUCAUGGAGAAUAACACUCAGUGGCUUCUUAAGCUGGAGAACUACAUUCAAGAGAAUGUGAAGCAUGAGAUAGUCCAAAUCCAACAGAAUGCUGUACACAAUCAAACUGCCACCAUGACUGAGAUUAGAGCCAACCUGCUGACUCAGACAGCAGAGCAGACACGCAAGCUGACAAAUGUAGAGGCGCAGGUUAUGAAUCAAACAACACGACUUGAACGCCAGCUAUUUGAGAAUACUCACAAAUUGCAAACACAGAUUCUUCUACAAACAAAUGAGAUAGGGAAACUGAAUGAAAAGAACAAUUUCCUAGAGAAGAAGGUGGAGGAAAUGGAGGAGCAGCGGCAGACAGAGCUGAAAGUCCUGAAGGAGGAGAAAGAGCAGAUACAGGAGCUGGUGCUCAGGCAGACCUCUGUCAUUAAGGAGCUGGAGAAGCAGCUCCACUCCGCCUCGUCUAAUAACUCCGCUCUGCAGCAGCAGCAGCAGGAGUUGCUGGACGUCGUCAACAAUCUCAUCUCCACCAUGACUGUCCCCACCAUGAAAACAUCGGUCAUGAUUCCAGAAAGCCUGACUGUGUACACAGAUUGUGCUGCAGUCUUCAAGUCAGGAAAGAAACAGAGCGGCGUCUACCCGCUGACCCUCCCCAACACCACGCAACAGAUAAAGGCUUACUGUGACAUGGAAACAUCUGGCGGUGGAUGGACAGUAAUGCAAAAACGUUUCGAUGGCAGCGUUGAUUUUCAUCGUACAUGGAAAGAGUACAAAACGGGGUUUGGUGAUCCCUCGGGUGAACACUGGCUUGGUAAUGAAUUUGUUUCACAACUGACCAACCAGAAACCGUACGUCUUGAGAAUCCAGCUGAAGGAUUGGGAAGGAAACAUGGAAUUCUCCCAGUAUGACCAGUUUUCCCUGAACAGUGAGGCACAAAACUACAGGAUACACCUUAAAGGCUACAGUGGAACAGCAGGCAAAAUUAGCAGCAUUGGUCAACCAGGAAGUGAUUUUAGUACUAAAGAUGCAGACAAUGACAAAUGUGUUUGCAAAUGCUCACAGCUGACAACAGGAGGUUGGUGGUUUGAUGCCUGUGGUCCUUCUAACUUGAAUGGAGUAUACUACCAGUUAGGCCAGAACACAAACCGCUUUAAUGGAAUCAAGUGGUACUACUGGAAAGGCUCAGGCUACUCACUAAAAUCCACUGUGAUGAUGAUUCGACCAGCUGACUUCUGAGGACACUUGGGUCGAGGCACCUGUGCUUACUUUCUCACAUCCAAGCUUUCAGAUUCAAACUGUGUUAGUUGAAGAGCAAUAGUUUGUUGAACUAAGUUUCUGCAUGUUCAUGGCAUGUUUGAAUUCAGAAACAGCUUGGCUUGGGACUACCAGGACUACCAGGACUGCCAGGCAAGGGACUUAAAAUUAGAAAUGAAAAGUUCUCAUAUUUAUUGAAAAGUACAAAAGUGGAACUAUGAGGCUCUUUUUAUACA